GCCUCGGUGGCGGCGAUGCCCCUCGCGUGGGCCCAGCCGCGUCUUUCCGGUUCCGCCGGAGCGGCGCGGGCGGGGAGUGACGGGUCCCGGGUCCUUCCGCGGCGCCGAGGGCGGCGCGGUCCCGCCCGGCCCAUGGACCGGCACAAAGUGAAGCGGCAGCGUCUGGACCGGAUCUGUGAAGGCAUACGGCCUCCUAUUGUGAAUGGCCCAAUGCCAGCACGGCCACUGGUUGCACUCCUGGAUGGACGAGAUUGCACUGUGGAGAUGCCCAUCUUGAAGGAUGUUGCUACAGUGGCAUUUUGUGAUGCUCAGUCAACUCAGGAAAUUCAUGAAAAGGUGCUGAAUGAGGCAGUAGGAGCUCUGAUGUAUCACACCAUUACCCUUUCUCGUCAGGAUCUGGAGAAAUUCAAAGCCCUCAGGGUCAUUGUGCGUAUUGGCAGUGGCUAUGACAAUGUUGACAUCAAAUCUGCUGCAGAAUUAGGCAUUGCCGUUUGCAACAUCCCUUCCUCCUCAGUAGAGGAGACUGCUGAUUCUACCCUCUGCCACAUCUUGAACCUCUAUCGCCGUGUUACUUGGCUACAUCAGGCUCUGCGGGAAGGGAAUCGAGCCUCAAGCGUAGAACAGAUUCGAGAGGUGGCUGGAGGUGCUGUGCGUAUCCGUGGGGAGACUUUGGGCAUCAUUGGAUUAGGCCGAGUUGGACAGGCAGUGGCUCUGCGAGCCAAGUCCUUUGGCUUCAACGUGAUUUUCUAUGAUCCCUAUCUGCCGGAUGGAGUGGAGCGAUCCUUGGGUUUACAACGAGUAGGAACCCUGCAGGAUCUACUAAUGCACAGCGAUUGCAUCACAUUGCACUGCAGCCUGAAUGAACAUAACCAUCACCUCAUCAAUGACUUCACUAUUAAACAGAUGCGUCAGGGCUGCUUCUUAGUCAACACAGCCCGGGGAGGGCUGGUAGAUGAGAAAGCCUUAGCACAAGCCUUGAAAGAGGGGAGAAUCAGAGGAACAGCAUUGGAUGUGCAUGAGUCUGAACCUUUCAGUUUUGCUCAGGGGCCGUUAAAAGAUGCACCCAAUGUUAUCUGCACCCCUCACACUGCUUGGUACAGUGAACAGGCUUCCAUUGAAUCCAGAGAAGAUGCAGCUAAAGAGAUCCGCAGAGCUAUUACAGGUCAUAUACCUGACGCUUUGAGAAACUGUGUUAAUAAGGAGUACUUGCUGUUAGCAGCUCAGUGGUCCAAUAUUGAUCCUGCAACUGUCCACCCAGAACUCAACGGAGCUGCAGCUUACAGGUUUCCUCCAGGAGUAGUGGGAGUAGCCAACCCUGGGCUACCAGAACCACCAGUAGUGGAAGGGAUUGUAGCUCAUGGGAUCCCUCCUGUUUCUCACUCUGCUCCACGUACUCCUUCCCCAGGAGAGACAAGCAAACUGGAUGCAGACAGAGAGAUUCCUGCUGACCAAUAGCAGCAUGUUUCUCUCCUCUCCUUUGGCAGCAGAAAAAAGUAGGAGGGCAUCUCCUCCUAGGACCUUUCUUAACACCCUACAGACACUGUUUCCUGUUCACAUGGAACAGGAGAAUGCAUUUCAUUGCCGACAGACUUUAGCUCUUGCCUUUUUUUUGUAACCUUUUAGUUAAAAUUUCUUAAUGAAUCUUUCUCCUUCUCUGGGGCAUGGCAGCAGUGACCUUGCCUCCCCUUGGCUUAAUGAAUCAGUUCUCCCAUGUAUCUGCUUCAGUUGUCUGUGACAGGGAACUGUCUUUGUGUGCUUGAAAAUGGAAGUGAAGCCACUUGAUCAGGGAUGGUCCUUGGAGGUACAAACUUAAGUGCACACUUUUCAGUUGUGACUUGUAGCUUAAAUUUAAUUUGGCUGAAUCUCUCUUAAGUGUAGCCAUGGGGAAUGUUGGAAAAAAUAUUAGUGAAUUGGAGAAAUUGUGACUAUUGUCUUCAUUAUGCCCUUAUAGAAGGCAGCUAGGCUAAGCUCUGUGUGUUACUUUGCUUGUUUUAAUUAAUGUUUCCUGUGAGAACAGGCAUAGUGCAGGCACUGUUAAUUCUUGACCAUACCAAGUUUUCUCUAUGCAGUUCUAGGCCUGAAGUUAAAAGUAGCACUGUCAAAGCCAGCCUUUUCAUAGUUUGGAAGGGAUUAAAAUGUCAUCAAAUGUAUUUUGGUGGCAACCAUGUUUGUGAGGCUUCAGAAUUGUUCACCCUGGAGUCUAUAACUUGGAGAAGGUAAGAAAAUGCUGAAAUAGGAAAAGCAUGCACUGAGAGACAGCAAGUAGCAAUAAUGUGCAGCUGCAGUUGCUGGUUCCUCACACACAAGUACCUCGUAGUCUAUGGCAGUGUUUAUCCACAAGGGAUCCAUCACACUAGAAUUCUAAGCUUUAAGAUACAGAUUUUUUUUUUCUUUUUCAAUAAUUGCAUCAGCUAGAAGGAACUUCCCACUUGUCGGUGCUGGUGGAGAAGGCAGUUUUUAAGAGUCGGGAAAAAGUUUAUCACCCAGAAGGUGGCUAAGUACUGGAAUAGACUCCCCAGGGAGGCUAGCAAAGCACCAAGCCUAUCUGAGUUCAAGAAGUGUUUGGACAAUGCUUGUGGGUACAUGGUGGGAUUCUUGGGGUGUCCUGUGCAGGGCCAGAAGUUGGACUCCAUGAUCCUGAUGGCUCCCUUCCAACUCAGCAUAUUCUACAAUUUUGUGAUAUACUGCAUCUCUGUAGCAGGGCAGGGCAGCAGGGCAACGCAAGACAGCAGUUUGUUUUACAUGAAUAGGCUUUGUGAUACUAAACAGAGAAUUAAUACUUGCAGUUUUUCACCUGAAGCCAAGGCAGGAUUGUUGCUGGCAAGUCUUCAGCAAAGAGGAUCCACAGGAGAAGAUUUUUCUUUAAUUUCAUAUCUUUAAUUUCAUCUUGUUACACUUCAGUUGUAGCCUUUCCAUGCACAAGAUGUAACAAUAUCUGAUUGAUUUGUUGAUGUUGUUUGGAUAUAUUAAAGUAGGUGCUGUAUGGGAGGCAUACCCUAUGUGUAGGUUUCUCUGCCUCCCUUGAUUAUUCUCUCUGUUGUGUGUCUGUGACUGGAAGCUUAACAGAUGGGAACAGACUGGAGAAACAACUUGAAAUAUGGACAAAAUCUUCUGUUUAGGCUGUUUAGUUUAGGAAGGUAAGGAAAGCUUUCAGAAUAACUAAGUUCUCAGAUGUUUUUUUUUUCUGGUUUAAAUGUUUUUUUCCAAUACUGCCUUCUCUAUAGUGGCUUACUACCAAUACAGUGAUUCAUUCCUUUCUCCUCCCCUUCUCCACUCCCCCCAGCAAUUUAAGAAAGGAAAAUAGUCAAGAAGUAAACUUCAGGUGUUUUCUUACAAAUUUUACACUUUAGCUGUUUAGUAUUAGUGAGAUAAUACUAGUUUUCUAGUGCUGAGUAUCUUUUUUUGAUAAGGUAUUUGUCUCAGUGAAGAUUCUUGGCUUCUGUGUUUUUGUGGAUGAUUCUGAUUCUACUUCAAAUUCAUAUACCUCCUUGGCUGCUCAGGUCUAGCAGAUCAGACUGAGACUGGUGGUAGGCAUGAGUUACAGGAGAACUUUUUCUGAACAAAAACCUGGAGCUCAGAAGCCCAUUGAUUGCAGGUGUACCUAAAAUAACCAUCAGCACUCUCCUGAAUUCUGUACUCUCUAGGAAAUUCAGAUUUCACAAGCUGCUGGCUCAGAAAGAUCUUCUGACAGGCAGGUGUGGAAAAGUUUUCAGAAAGCUCAUCUUCUAUUACCACAUUAGGGAAGCAGUCUGUCAAUAACUACACUUUAUUUGCUGCUGAAAAUUCCUGCCCUUCUUAGAGGUUCAGGACUGAGAUUAUUUUGUGGUAAGGGGCUUCUACUUACGAGCUUUGAGGAUCAGAGUACAUUGACCUUGUCUUUUCUAGAGCACAAUGCAAGAUAGAUUUAUUUUUUUAGAAGAGCCAAUUUAUUUUUUUUUCUUCGUUACUGCAAGUAUCUUUAUAGACAGUGAAAUAACUGAGCAGAGGAGAGUAGAAAAAAAUUCAUUUGGGGGAAACAUGUGUUUCUCAGUUCAUAUUUUUGGUGGCUAGAUACACUAGUGACUCGUAAGCAUAGGAAUUAAAUGAUUGAUGAUGUAAGAAAUAUUUACAGUUAUGGGUACCAAGGAGUUGAAGCUGACAGUAUUGAUAGUGGCUCUGUUCUAUCCAACACAAUGUACACUUGCUCUUGGAUAUGAUGCUAGUUUUCCUCUUGGUUAAAGCCACAGCAGAAAGUGUUGACGUAAAAAUGAACAGAACCAUCCUCUUGUCCUCAGAGAAGGACUCUCUUUGCAUUUAUAGUAUUACUCUGCUUGUAUGCUGUUUGUACCUCUGCUGACAGCCUGAACCUAUUAUCACCAGACAAAGGCUGUUCUGAACAGAUAGCUCGAAGAAAAAUUUACUGGUACUAAAGCAUCCUGAGGUCGUCUUUCCCUGAGUGCCAAGUGCUUUUUUAGCACUCUUGUUGUGUGAUACACUGAACUUGCAGGUCCCCCUCCCAAGCUUAGUGCAGUAUACAGAAGUGGAGUGACUUUUUUUUUUAAUGCCUUCCUUCAGAACUAGUGCAGAGCUUUAAUCCCAAAGAACAAAAGUCUCCCAGGGUGAGGUAGGAGUUCCCUAGCCACACUAAUCUGCUUACAGGAGGUGCUCACACUAUCCCAAGGUACAUUCUGUUUGUCGGGGUCACUGCUGCUGACCAGCUUUUUUUAUAGAGGACUCAGAGUUUCAGAAGUAUAUUUUUGUAGACAAUGAUUAAACUGUGAAACAUUGAAAUAAAGCAUGUAAACAAAAAAUUACAGCACUGUCCUCUGUACAGGUGUUUUCCUCACUUCAGUUCUCUCCUGGCUCAUUAGAAAAUGUUUGAUUACUUCUUGGAUAUAUUUUAAUAAAGUUCUCCAAAGAA